AUGGAUAAUCCGCUUGUGAAGAAAAAGACUUUAAAACAAAUAAUUUUGAGUGUUGUUGACGAAGUUAAAGAACAAAACGGUCAAACAGUGUCUUAUCGGUGCAGCGCUUAUGAGAAAAACGGCAACCGGUGUAAUUACGGGCAAAAAAUAUUAGUUCCAUCGAACUUCCGGCGCCACAUUAUAGGCAGCCAUCCGGAAGUGGCCAACAAUUUGGGAAUCGGCGAUGGAACUUCCGGAGAGCCACCUACGAAGAAGUCCAAAACGACGAAGAUUAUGGUGGAAACCGAUCGGGCGACGAUAAUUCUUGGUACUCUAAAGCUGGCCACAACAAACAGUUUGCCGCUGCGCUACCCAGAUUGGGAGGGCAUGACCAUACUGGUGGGUCCGCUAUGGAAAGCCGUAGAUUUAGAAAUGUCCCGUGACAAAGUGACCAAGCUGGUUGGACUUGCCACCGAAAUUCUAAAGAAACUGAUGAUCGACGAAAUGCGUGGAAAGGUAAUCCACGCUAAAAUUGACUCUGCAUCUCGCCGCGGUCGUUCAUUUUUCGGAAUCAAUGUACAAUUUACAAACGAGAAGGAUUGCGUAAUUGUCCGGCACUUGGCGUUACAUGAAAUGAUAGAUCGCCAAACAAAGGAAAAUUUGAAGCACGUAAUGGACAACGAAUUCCAGGAGUUCGGCAUAGCUAAAAACCAGCUGUUGACGGUUGCCCACGACAACGGCGCCAAUAUGGUGGCGUCCGUCCAACUGCUGAAGCGACUCGUUGAUUCCAAUGAUGACGAUCAAGGUCCAUCUGUUGGAGCCAUAGUCCGAAAAGAAAAAGCGAUGAUUGAUGCUCAUGUGGGUGGCUGCUCCAGUGAUAUCAAUGACGACGACCUCGGCGAUGAUGAUGAAUCAUCAUGGAUCAAGGAUGGAGACGAGUUGACGACGGACGACUUCGACGCCGAUCAUGAGCUAGUGGACCACGCUUUCCAAGACGACACGGAUGAUAAUGAUCUGAUUGAGUUAGAUCUAAUAGAGAGCACAAGGUGUGCAGCUCAUACAGCACAACUUGCUGUGUGGGAUGUGUUGAAAGAAUAUAAAGGACGCUUGGCAAUGAUAAACAAAGUGUGUAUCAAAAUGCGCCACAAAGCAUUCCAACAACUUUUUCAUAUGCAUAAGUAUCCGCUGCCACCCAAAAUCAACGAGACUCGCUGGAAUGUUUGGUAUAUCGUCCUUAAGUAUUUGCUCGAUUUGCGGGAAAGUCCUUUCUUGUCCAUUCUGGCAAACACGGAUGCUUCUCUAGAUUUAUCUCGCCAGUGGCAAUUCAUUGAGAAGUUUGGUGCUGCUUUCGAACCCCUGUUUGAGCUCACCUUGCGAUUACAAAAGGAUCAUGUGCCAUUGUCGCAAUUCUAUGCUGACUGGCUUGUAUGUCAAGCUAAACUCGACGGCAUAAAGGAAGGUAACAUCUUGGCGACAAAGCUUCUGAAGUCCAUGCAGAAACGAAUCAAGAAGCUAAGCUCAACCAAGGUGUUCAAAGCAUGUUUACUUUUGGAUCCGAGGUUCAAUUUUGUCGGUUCGAAGAGAUUAAGCCCAGCUGACAAAAAGGAAGCACAGGAAUACCUACUAACAUUGGAUAAACGACUCGAUGAAAUCACCGGAAUACAAAUGCGACAAGGCAAUGAAAAAGAGAACACUUCACUUCAUCAAUCCAACUUCGUCGACGAUUAUUUGACUGACUUUUUUGAAGAAGACUCAUCGUCAUCAGAACAUGUUCAGCCCCCAGAUGACUCGCUACUGAUUGACUUAAUCACACUUGAAACUCGCGAGAAAGUCAAUAUCUCGUUUCGACAAUGUGAGGGCGGCUUGAAUGCAGAACCGUUUGACAUCGUGGAAUAUUGGAAUAAGCGAAAAUUCUGUAAUCCAAGGCUGCACCGUCUGGCAUUGGCUGUUAUCUCUGCUCCAUCAACGCAAGUCACAGUUGAAAGGCUUUUUAGCCGUACGAAGAUCGUCCUGUCUGACUAUCGAAUGAAGCUGAGUGAUGAAACAUUGAAAAAUCUUAUGCUGCUAAAGAUGAACUCGGAUUUGCUUCCAAAAGUGGCAAAAAUCUUGGAUGAUGAUGAAUCAUUCAAAUGAAUAUUGAAAACCCGUUUAACAAUGUAAAUAAUUCUCUGCUCAAAUGUGGCUGAAAUGAAAUUUGAAAUAAAUAAAGUGAAGAUUUUCAAAUAGUUAUUGUUUUAUUGUUCUGUCACGCACAAAUUUCAGCUGUUUCAUUCCAUUCCCUUUCCCCAUAAUAGACUUUCUUUUAUAUUUUUAUUUUAUGUUUAAUAUUUUAACUCUGAAUAUCACAACGAUAUUAGAAAACGUGCUUAAAUUAUGCCAUGCGAUUAAUAUCCAUUUUCAAUGCCCACCACCUGCCAUUUUUUGUAUGAAAACUUCUGAUAUUGAUACGUAAUUUAAGGAUGUGGCAAUGCCGUGCGCAGAGGGGCGGUGGGAGAGGUGGGGGUGAUAUUAGGAAUAUGAGGCCAAACCCCACUUCCCUUCUGCAUACGAGCAUGCACAGUGGCCAAUGAUCCAUAUUGACGAGGAAAGAUACAUUCAGCGCUUUCAAAUGAUUGUUUGGUCAUCUACAAAGUUGUUCCUAAUAAUGAGGCCCUCUUUAAAAUGUAAAUAAUGUGGGUGGUCAAUAUUUUCAAAGAAGUUAAAAACUUAACUUUUUCAUAUCCAAUAAUAACUAUAUACAUGCCUCGGCAUAGUUAUAGAUCUCUCAAUUUUGAGUAAGUUUUGAGCAUGUUUUCUGAAUUUUGAAUAAAAUAUUAUAGCAAAUAUCUCUGCGCACGAAAAUCUCCUUUUUUAAAACGAGUUGUUCUGCUGUCAUCAUAUAAAAGUUAAAAAAUAAAAACUUCGAAUUUGGUCAAAAAAGUACUAUUGUUUUGACUACAAACGGAUUAAACACACCUCAUUUCUAAAAUCAUUGAUCAUAAAAAUUACAUAAAACGUAAAAAUGUAAUGUAUGAAUCACUAUGAACGAUAUGCUGCUACAAAGUAAUCACAGUUGUCGUCAUUUUUGUAGCAACCAAAUUUACCCCUUUGGAACUGGAGGGGUCAAUGUGACCCCGGCAAAGAAACCAAGCAUAAAAAACGUGUUCGAGGCCAGCGAGGUUGCGGCAGCGAAGGCAAUCUGGCUCUAAUGGGUUAAAUCUUCAUGUGAACCUGAACAUUACACCACGAAAAAAUAAUUGGGAAAAUCGACCUGGAACGCACCGAAAACGAGAAAGUUUGAAAGUCCAUUUUGCGGGGCAUUUUUUUACAGAGCUGCAUGUAAAAAAAACACAGUAGGCAGGCAGAACGACGUUUGCCGGGACAGCUAGUUAUAGAUAAAAAUGUUUAAAAUUCUGUUAAGCGAAGACAAAGCUCUCCGAUUCCAGUUCACUGCCUUCAAUCACCAUUAAUUUGGGGAAAAAAUGUGGGGAAAAGUUGCUCGAGAUGAAUAUAUAAUUGAUCUUCGCGAAGAGUGGCUGGCUCGAAUCAGAAACACUCGCAUCGUUAAGCGAUUGAUAAUUCAACCAGUAGCAGUGAUCAAAGAUACAGUGAACUAUGAAUGAAGGACAGAAGCCGAUCGGAUAAUGAAUUCAUUCGUCGAUGAUGGACAAAUCGUCGAACGAUGAAAUGUGUUCAUUCACCGUUCGUUCUUCUAUGCUGAGUAAACAUUCAUCGCCCUUCGCUUAUUUUAUCACCGAUCAGCAACACUG